AAUGUUCAUGGACAAGUGCGAACGCUAGAGGGCGGCAACGGUUUGUAAUCAGCCGUAACCUUUAAAAGAAGAAGCUAGCUUGCUUUGUAUUGUGAGGUAAACAAGACGCCAGCAAAAAUGCAGACUGCCGUGAAACAAAACUAUCAUGCGGAGACUGAAGGAGACAUCAACAAGCUCAUCAAUCUGAAACUCACUGCUUCUUACACCUACCUUGCCCUGGGCAUGUAUUUUGACAGGGAUGAUGUUGCCUUGCCACACUUCUCCAAGUUUUUCCUGGAGCGCUCUGUGAAGGAGAGAGAACAGGCUGAGAAGCUGCUGGAAUACCAGAACACCAGAGGGGGUCGGAUCCUGCUUCAGACCAUCGCUAAACCAACUAGAGAGGACUGGACUGGAGGUCUGGAUGCUUUGACCUUUUCCCUGAAAUACCAGAAGUCCCUGAACACUUGUAUCCUUGAUGUGCAUGGCAGAGCUGGUAGCCACAAUGACCCACAUCUGUGUGACUUCCUGGAGCAGGAAUUUCUCAUCGACAGCCACGAUACCAUCAAAAAGCUAGGCGACUACAUUGGCAGUCUGACCCGCCUUACUUCAUCUGAACCUCAUGGAUCCAUGGGAGAAUACCUGUUUGAUAGACACACUCUAAAAGAUUAAACUACUCCAUCCAUGGUUUCACGUUUACAAAAAUGAACAAACAGGUCAAAGCUGCAUUUAUUUCUGUAAAAGAAAACUUGACAAUAUUUGCACAUUUAACCCUAAACUCCUUUCUUUUGUAGCAAAACUUCAAGAAUAGGUCAAAUGUUAACUGGAAUAAACACAGCCUUUCUAAAAUAACUUUUAAAGAUGUUCUCAUGAUUUUGUAGCAGAGUGCCGUGAUGAUAUGCUGUUACUUUGAAAUGACUCACAUUUGAGCCGUACCAUGUCUCAUACAUUCCUAGGUUCUGUGUGUCUCUUUUUGCUUAAAUGGAAAUCAUUUUGAUUCAAACAAAAAAAGGUGUUUUAAUAUCUGGAAAUGUAUUGGAAACAAUAAAUAAAGUCCAAUUAUGUAUAAUAAA